AUGGUCUCCUUCUUCGGCCUCAAGCUUGGGGGUGACAAGAAGAAGUCCCACGACAAAGACAAGGACAAGCACAAACAACCCUCGCGAUCCAUCCAGCACUUAAACGACCAAGGCAACCCCAGGGAAUUGAACCGCCUAACAAACAACUUUUCUCGCCCAGGCCGUCCGGAUACCGCAUCUUCUACCCACGAUCCUACUCAAUGGCGCGCCCCGUACAUAGGAGGCGGAGGCGCAGCGUCCUCUAUGGUUGACCUAGCUGCGCCCCGAGCUCCUGGCCUCGGAAGCUCACGAUUCCACUCGUCAGACCUCAAUAUUAACACCCGCUUCAAUGGCAGCUCCACAAGCCUCGCCAUGCCAGCACCGAUUGGAAGCCCUGCUGCGAACAGACCUGGAACCCCCACGAGACCCGGUACGGCAACCUCCAAGAAGACCGAAUGGGACAACCCCUUCCAUGUGCAUUUCGGCGGAAAGGACUCGGCGGGCAACACACCCAUAUCCCCGACUGCAGGAAAGAAUUCCCUGGAGCAGUUUGAAUUCGGCAUCGCGGCCAACCAUAGCCGAGACACGAGCAAUCCAGCAAUCACCGGAUAUCCCUCCCCGCCGCCGUCCAUUCUCAGUGGCGAUCAGCCCUUUUCUCCUAUAAACCCGGACGGCCGUCCCUCCAGCAGUCGACGCAAUGCCCCGAGUGCCUUGCGCAAUGUCGAAAUCACCGGCCCAAUGGCGCUGCCUAGCCCAGCGGCAUCCGUGGCCCGUACGAGUGAGGAUGUCUGGGACAUACCCGUGAUCCGCAACGUCCAGGCCAAGCGCGACACCCUUACAUUCCACACCCCGCGGAGGCAGAGCUUUUCCAUGGAAGUCGACGAUGUGGACAAGGGCAAGGGUAAGCCGAUGGUGGAGGGACUGGCAGGCAAUUUCACUGCCUUCGACUUUGGCGAAACCGUGAGGAGAGGAAGCGUGAGCAAGAACAGUCUGGAGGCGCCCAGCAUCGACAGCAUUAGCCCGACUGGCGGCGUGGGGCCACGGCCGUUUGGAACUGCGAGAACUGCCAGUCCCCUUCGGUCAAUGCAGUCGACGCCUUCAUUAUCGAAUGAAUCGAGAACGACCAGGGAACGGAACACCAGUGACGCACCGUCCUCGUUGUCCGCACUGUCAUCGACUCAGGAGUCCAUCGGCCGCCGGUCCCCGAUACCACCGGCUCAACCCACCUUUGCCGCCCAACCACAGCAGCUUGACCUCCUCUUCCGUCCGAUACAAGCGGAACCAACAUCUCCCGUCCCGGCGCCGCCCAAAACCACCAACAUCCGAACAAACAACGCCCCUCCAGCUUCCGCCUACGGAGUACACCCGGGUUACAUGUCCCGUCCUCUCGACCCUCCGCCCCGUGGGUUCCGGCCCCGUACCGGCUCGGACUCACGCCGCCGACCACCUCCCAACGGUCUCCGCGUCCCACCAUCCCUGGUCGACCGGUCAGCUGGUGGCAGCAUCAGCAGUCUCAACAGUAGCAGCAGCGCCGGCAAUCUUCGUAGCCCUUACGGCCCUCCCCCUGAUGAGGGCAGCUACCUGCGUGCUGAGAGUUCACCACGACCACCCCCUGAGGCUCGUGCUCAAAGUCCUUUCACCCGCCCGACACCUGAGGGAGAUUUCCCUAUUCAAAAGGGUCUUCCCCGUGGACGACGACCCCCUGCUUUAGAGGGCCUUUCACCAGAGCCUGGUGGUCUGGGGCCCAGGAAACAGCAGCGCCAGCGUCCUAUGUACCCUCCUCCGAAGGCUCAGCCCUCACCCACGAGCGAUUCCAUGUCCAAGAACGGUGCCGAUGACCACGGCUACACGCUUCCCAAUUGGAAUGACUUCGAUCGCGCCUCUCCUCAUCGAUCCGCGAUGCCUGCUCCUCUCUCUCCCUUCCGCACCGACUCACAACUUCCGCAAACACCCCCUGCCGACGACGGCAACCGCCGGCCUCAGUUUACCUCUUCUCCCAUCUCCCCGAAACCUCCCAGUCUCCCCUCGCCGUCAUUCUCCUCGCUCCAGACCUCCAUCUCAAGCUCCAGCGAGACCCUCGCCAAGACCUUCGAGACGGCUGUCGACCACAUAACCGUCAAUGAUUACAACUACCCCCGCAAUCGGCCCCUGAUCUCUCCGGUCAUGGGCGACUUCUCCCGCCCCUUGAGCCCUGCCAAUACCCGCAUGGAAGCCAAGAAGGCCCCUCCACGCCCAACCCCCAUCACUCUCCCUCCGUCCAAGGGCACGGAGCGGGACAGGAGCCGUACGCCGACGGUCGCCGUGGACCAGUUUAAUCCCGGCUUUAUCUGA